AUGCGCGAUUCAAUCACUGAUUUUAUAAAUGGUCAAAUCCUUGUACUAGAUGGCGGCCAAGGCACAGAUCUCGAAGAGCGAGGCAUCAACGUAUCUCACCCUUUAUGGUCUACUCUUCCAUACCUUACACGCGACGGUGCUCAAUUGGAAUGCAUUCGAGAUAUGUACCACUCAUUUAUCAAGGCAGGCUCUAACGCUCUCAUGACGGUAACAUAUCAAGCAUCAUAUAGUUCGUUAAAAAAAUUCAGCGACGGACAAGUCAACAAUGAUGCUGAGUACGCUAGUUUCCUCGACUACAUCAUUGAAUUUACGGAGAAAGAAUGUAUUUCAGACAAUCAAUAUUUAGUGGGAAGUAUCGGGCCUUACGCUGCUUAUUUGUCGAAUGGCGCGGAGUAUACAGGGGACUACGGCGAUAAACCGAUCGAUUUCAUUAGUCACUACAGGCCGCAAGUUACUCACUUCGCCUCCUCAACUCGUGUCGACAUUAUCGGCAUCGAGACUAUACCCAAUAUUGCUGAAUUCAAGGCACUGCUGAGUUUAGAGUUUGCAAAAAUGUGCUCAUCGAAGCCGUAUUAUAUAAGCAUUACUACGGACAAACAUGGAAAUUUGAGGGAUGGCACAUCAGCAAAGAAUGUCUGUCAAUCUAUCAAGGACAAUGCUGCGUCUUUACCUGCAAACUUUCUGUUUUUUGGGGUCAACUGCAUCGAUUUUUCCUAUUGCGGAGAGAUACUAGCCAAGCUAAACGGAGAGCUAUCAGAGUGUACAGCACGGUUCAGAGCCGCUUAUCCAAACUCGGGUGAAGUGUAUCACGGAGAUACACACUCGUGGAGUGAGAACCCUACAGUCGGUCCGCUAGACACCUGGGAGAACCUUACCUCCACGCUGCUCCAACAGCAUUGCCUCAUGAUCGGCGGUUGCUGUCGCACCAGCUCCAAAGAUAUUUCAAGCAUCGCUACAGCGGCGCGAGGCACAAACAAAUCUGUAUAA